AUGCGCCGAGCUGCUCUUUUCACGGCUGCCGCCGCUCUCGCCUCGAGCGUCGCCGCCAUCCGCCAGCCCUACGAGUACCUACAGGCCCUCGAGCGGUUCCAGAAGGCCUUCCUCGACCCGCAACCAGUCCUGCAGGAUGGCCACUAUGACCUGUUCAUCGACGACAUGGUGGGACGAGUCGACGUCACGACGACGUUCGAGGGCGCCGAGCUCAACAUCGAGUACCUCUUUGGCCUGUUCGCCGGCAUCCGCAACGUGUCGUCGACGUCCAUCCUGGGCUACCCGGCGGCGCAGACGAUCCAGAGCCUCAUGGUCGAGCCGCCGCAAGUCUACUUCUCGGCCGUUCUCGAACUCGCCUACGACACGGUCGGACAACGCGUGCCCGUCCAGAUCGACGUCAUGACGGCGUGGAACGACGACCUCAAGAUGAUCUCGUACGACGCGUCGUUCCGCCGCUUCCCUCAAGCAUGGGAGAUCGUCCAGGAAAGUAUCGCGCCCGUCAUUGCCCAGGAGCUCGGCGAGACGUACGACCCGGCGACGACCAACCGCUCGGCCCUCAUGUCGCGCAAGGCGGCGAGCCAGAUCUGCCCAACGGCGAUGCAGCACUGCACGGGCGCCAACCAGCAGUACGAGUCGUACGACGAGUGCUACGAGUUCCUCACCGAGGAGAGGCGGUGGGGCGAGAUCUACGAGGGCGGGCUCGACACGACUUGGUGCCGCUACGUCCACCUCAACAUGGUGCCCUUCCGCCCCGACGUCCACUGCUCCCACAUCGGUCCCUCGGGCGGCGACAUGUGCGUCGACCGCGACUACUACGAGACGACGCGCGCGUUCCCGUUCAAGCAGACGUUCGUCGCGCCCAACACGACGUGGAACGACCGCGACAUGCGCGGCCUGUCGGCCCACUCGAUCUCGGAGCUCGCCAAGGCCAAGCUCACGCUCGUCUUCCCGACGACGGUCGCCUUUUUCUCGGUCCCGCUCUUCAUCUUCUUCAUCAUCCUGUACUUGUCGGCCAAGGCGACCGAGUCGUGCUUCAUGCGCUACUCGAGCGAGUACCGCAAGCUGUCGCCGGCGAACCAGCGCAACACGGUCACCUACCUGCUCAACACGGUCUUUACGACGAUCGCGCUCGUCCUUCAGCUCGUCGCAUCGCCAGUCUUUGUCCGCUCGUACUCGCAGCUGGCGUUCCAGGCCAUCACCCUCACGGCCGCCAUCGUCUCUGCCCUCUACAUCUUUGAGAUGGUGUACCGCGAGUCGAUGCGGCCGUCGCUGCUCGCCCACCACUUCUGCACGUUGCUCGCCAUCAUGUCGCUCUUCGUCACGAUGGAGCAGACCUUCCAUCCUGCCAUCGUCACGGUCGGCGCCAUCUGGCUCUUCCAGGCGACGACCGAGCAGUCAGUCUUCAUCGGCCUCCUCAUGUACCGUCUCGGUUGCGGCGCGCGCAACACUCGCCGAGUGCUUCGCUUCGCCGCCGUCCAGUCCUUCCUGUUCAAGUUCGGAGCCGCCAUCUGGCUCCUCGUCGAGCACAGCCUGCGCCUCGUCCAGUUCCACUCGGACCCGCGCGACGUCUACUUCUCGGUCGUCGUCUACGUCGUCGGCGCGCUCCUGCUCGCGACCCAGGUGUACGGCUCGUGGGCCGUGUGGGCCAUCUCGCUCAAGCUCGACAAGGCGGCCUACUGCGACGUCGAGCGGCCGUCGCACCCUGCCGCCGGCUCGGGCGCGCCCCCUGGCCACUCGUCGGCCACCCCGAGGGGCCGCAGGGCGAGGCUCGCGAGCGACGGGUCGUCGAUCGGCGGCGUCCUGCCGAGCCCGGCGCUGUCGAACGCGCCGACUCUGGUCGACUUGCCCGUCCGGUUCGACGGCGGCGGCGACAGCGACGGCGACGCGCCGAGCAAGCACCUCAAGGUCCCGCCGAGCCCGGUCUGAGUGACGUCGCUCGAGUGUGAGGACGACCAGGAGGAGGAGCGAGUGUCGGUUGAAGGAGGCUCGAGAACAGCUCGAGGGCGAGGUCACGCGGGUUCCCACUCUCUCUUUCUUUAUCUCUGCGCGUAGACGACUCUCAUUCUGUGCAAAAGCUCUCAUCAGU